AUGACGAGUAGUCUUAAAACAAUGCCGAAUUCAUCGGAUAGUAACGAAGUCACGCUUGAAAUACCUGUUUGGGUCAGUGGUAAACGUAAAUGGGUAACUGGCAUAACAAAAAAGACUACAUUCGACGAUCUUAUCUAUGCACUUUUGGCACAAGCUGAUCUACUUAAAUCAUCCGAUAUGGCAAGUUCGUCAUCGAAUAGUAGUAUAGCAUGCUAUGCUAUCGUUGAAUGUAUUCAAUCGACUCCUUCAUCUACCGAAUCAGCUGUCAGCCAGCAUAUCUUUAAAGGUCGUUCAAAAGUCAUUAAAGCAAAUAAAAAUUGGCAUUUUGAUAAAUUACCAUUGACAAUUCUUCAGCUUAUGCCAACAUCGUCAUUGGCAGACCAUCCAAAUAAUUCUUCAACAACAAAACUUCGGUCGAAACUUUUUCGUCGUUUUCUUUCAUCGAAAGAAAUCAAUCAAGAUGAAUCUUUUCAACAGAAACUCUUAAAUAACUAUCAAGAAAAUCUAAAUAUUCUCGAACGACAAAAACGUCUAUUGAAUUAUCUCGACGAACAAAUUCAUCAAGUUGAAAAAACAUCUUCGAAAUCAAAUCCUAUUGUUAGUUUAAAUGAUGUCUCACAUUUACUAACAUCUAAGCCUAUACAACAAGAACAAUUAAUUCUCGCAACACAAUUAUGCAAUUCAAUAUUUAAUAUUCAAGAACAUAUUGACGAAAAAACAAAUGUCUUACAUGGCAUCGAACAAGCUAUAUCAAGUGAAUUAAAUCUUGUUUUACAUCAACAACAUUAUGAUGUCUUGCCAAUAAAUCUAACUGACAAUGCGAAUUCAUCAUCAAAUGAUUUAUUAACACUUAAGAAUUCGAUUUAUCGUAGUAGAGAAUUAUCUCGAAUACAGUCAAAAGAAAUGCACGAUUUAGAUUUAUCAUUGCGUGAAGCAGAAAUUUUACUUGGAUCAAAAUAUGAUGAAUUAAAAUAUCUUGAAUAUGAAACAUCAUCGAACUCAAUGAUUAGAUCAAGAUCGCUGACGCCGAAUAUAAAUUUAGCACAAAAGAUACCUAUCGAUGAACAACGACCACAACAAUCAACAUAUGAUACACUUGAAUUAGCGUUUAAUUCAAUGAAAGAAGCUGAUGAAGAUUCAGGUAUUAAUUCAUUGACAAGCGAUGAUAGUAAUCAUCAUUCAAUGUCUAUGAUAAAUCAAAAAUUGACGAAUACACAACUCGAAACUCUUGUCUAG